GUCUCUCUCGCUCGUCCCUCUGCCACUCUUUGCAGCAACUUUCAUUACUACUUCGCCGCCUGUCUGAUUUUUGACAUCACCAUAUAUACCCACCCUACUCCUUGUAAUACCUUGGUCCAUAUUAUUCCCUUAUUCAAAAUGUCGAGCCCCUCCGACGUCAUCGCCUGGCUGGUCCCAACGGCGCGUGGCUCCUUCGCCGACAAAGCAGCCCACCUCCCCUCCAACGACUUCCGCGCCGUGCCCACGGCCUCUUCGGCCAUCCUCGCCUCCCGCUUGCCCAACCUCAUCUCCAGCAAGCCGGCCAAGGCCAUCCAGCUGUCCUUCGACAAGGCGCCCAAGCGGCCCGGGUCCUUCGUGCUCGGCUCCGACCCGGCCACGUGCGACGUCGUGCUGCCGUCGCUCCCCGGCAUCGCCUCGCAGCACUGCGCGCUGAGCUUCGACGCCGAGGCCAGGCUGGUGCUCAACGACUUCUCCGAGUGCGGCACGCAGGUCUGGUACGACUGGGAGAGCAACGGCGACCAGACCGACUACACGUGGAUCCUCAGCAGCGGGUACUCGCACGGCUUCCCCAACACGGUCCAGCGCAUCACCAUUGACAUCCAGGGCCUGCGGUUCCAGGUCAUCGUCAACGACCACGCCGACGACUGGGACGCAUACCGCGAAAAGGUCGACGCCUUUCUUCAGCAGCCCGCCUGGACCGACGGCCUCAGCGUUGGCUGGGACCGGACAUCCAUGACCCCAGUGGCACCUCUCUUCUCAUCGGUGCCGCUGUUCCAACACAUCUUUGUCAAGCAGUUGGGCGAGGAGCCGGUGGGCGAAGUAUAUUUGUGGAACCUGGCCAAGCCGUGGGAGCCCAUGGUGAGGGCGGCGGCGUGAACCGCGAGGAUUGUUGUAGAAGUGUUGUUGCAUCAGGCUAGCGAGCGAAUGUUUAUGGGUAGAUUUAGCGUCACAAGGCUCGGCGUUGGGUUAUGGUUGCUUUCUCUUUUGUUAUGUCAGUUUAGUUUU